ACAGUUGUAGCUGAGUCUAGAAUUAAUUCAUAUAUAUAUUUUUUUCUCUCUUCCGUAUCGUCCGUGGCCGUGGUUUCGUUGCUGGGGCGAAGAGGAGCUUUGGAGCUCAUAGCAAAGACUGGCGACCCAUAACCACUGCAACCCGUACGACCGUCACACAUACACCCCCCAUCUAACUUCUCCAACCACCCACCCCCCCCCGACUUCUCCCCCUCACCCUCUCUCUCUCUACGUAUUCCUUCGUUUCCCAAUUCCAUAACCUUCCCGCAGAACCAGCUCUUCAAUCCUCACAAUAACAUUGAACUACUCGUCUGUCUCUCCUCGUGCGCACCCCGAUCCACAAGCAACCUCACGAUCACCAAAAAGUCGCGGCACAUUGUGCAGCCUUACCACCCUCUCCACGGGCUCGGUUACCCGAUUAUUGCGCCUUCCAUAAGGCUUUUCAACCAUGCCCGCGGCGCUCGCACUUACCGUUCACUGGAGUGAGCGCGACGAACCCAUCUACAGCGCUCAUUUUGAGCCUCAUGGGAAGGGCCGGCUCGCAACGGCAGGCGGUGACAACAAUGUCCGGAUCUGGAAGUUGGAAGGCGAGGGCGACGAGCGGAAACCAGUCUACUUGAGCACGCUCUCCAAACACAACCAAGCUGUCAAUGUCGUUCGGUGGUGUCCUAGAGGUGAAAUGCUUGCAUCCGCUGGCGACGACGGCAACAUCAUCCUGUGGGUGCCGGCCGAACCCAACCAUCAUCAUGCAGCCGCUUUCGGAGAGGAAGACCAUGAAGACAAAGAAACAUGGAGGCUCAAGCACAUGUGUAGAUCCAUGGGAUCGGAGAUCUACGAUCUCGCUUGGUCUCCCGACGGCAUAUUCUUCAUCACGGGAAGCAUGGACAACGUUGCCAGAGUGUGGAAUGCUCAAACCGGUCAGAUGGUUCGUCAGAUUGCCGAACACAAUCACUACGUGCAGGGUGUCGCUUGGGACCCACUGAACGAGUUCGUUGCGACGCAAAGCUCCGACAGAUCGGUUCACAUCUACACGCUUAAGUCAAAAGAUGGGCAGUUCUCGUUGUCGCAGCACGGCAAAAUCUCGCGGAUGGACCUUCCUCCCCCGCGCAGACGGAUAUCCUCCAACAGUCCAGCCCCACCGGACAUCCCAAUGCGCAGCAGUGAUUUCCCACCGAACUCGUCAGCGGUGAUAGCUUCGCCUGCGCCGUCGACACCCGGGACGCCUACGUCCUUUUCGCUGCCCAUGAAUCCGCCAAUGCUUACAGCCAGCCGCCGUAGCUCCUUCAGCUCUUCGCCGUCGCUGCGUAGGUCGACUUCACCUUCCCCGGCUCUUCCGCUUCCGGCGGUGAAGCCGAUGGACUUUUCGCCAAAAGUUCACGGACUCGGCGUGAGGAAUACUAAUAUCUACUACAAUGAAACUCUGACGUCGUUUUUCCGGCGUCUAACGUUCACGCCCGACGGUAGCCUGUUGCUUACCCCCGCGGGGCAAUAUAAGGUGUCUCAUCCUGUGGCUGGAGAUGGCACCAAGUCGGACGAGAUCAUCAAUACCGUUUACAUCUACACACGUGCUGGACUGAAUAAGCCACCAAUUGCGCAUUUGCCAGGGCACAAGAAGCCGUCGAUCGCAAUCAAGUGUUCGCCGAUUCUCUAUACACUGAGAUCAGCCGGUGUGCCCACGAAAAGCAUCACUGUUGACACUUCAUCAUCGGAUGAUACAAUUCCCUCCCUCCCGCCGCCGGCCGUUACUACUCAGAUGGAGCCGCCUUCGACGCCAGGAGCGUCCAAAGACACGCCAUCCACUCCCAGCACCCCAACAGCCGCCUUCUCGCUUCCCUACAGGGUGGUCUAUGCGGUCGCUACGCAAGAUGCAGUUCUUGUUUACGACACUCAGCAACAGACCCCCAUCUGCGUUGUUAGCAAUCUGCAUUAUGCUGCCUUCACAGAUCUCACUUGGUCUACGGACGGCCUGACUUUGCUGAUGACGUCCACCGACGGAUUCUGUUCGGUGGUGAUGUUUGCUUUGGGUGAGUUGGGAGAGAGAUACACCGGGAUUGUCCACGGUCCGGCCACGCCAACGCCAACCUCUGUGUCGACUCCAACAUUCCAACCUACCUCGACGCCUAGCAAUAGGGCAGGUUCUACACCCAUUCCUCCGCUAUCGCCGGCUCAGCACCCAUACCAGCGCCCAGGCUCUCCUGCUAGGUCUCCAUCGGCAUCGUCAACAACCUCAAGCACAGCAGUCAACAACCCAACGCCCACUCUUGGAGCGCUCCCCGGCGUAACAGUAUCGGGCGUUCCCUUAACUACUCCGCCACAAACCCCUCAGAGUGGAGGAAAUGGCAACAGCAGCGUUCUCGGUAAGAGGGAUGGAGCUCCCAAACCGUCAUCCAAGACCAACUCAAAAGAAGCCGCAGGUCAAACCAGUGCUCCAGCAACCCCCGCCGAGCAACCCGGUGGAGACAAGAAGAGACGCAGAGUAGCUCCGACGCUCGUGACAAGUUCCACACGCUCCACCUAGCCUGACAAUAUUUUUUUUCUUGCUGUUGUAACACUAUGGUAAUACUGUUUUUCGGGAAAGGGGCAACUGAUUUUUCGGACGGCCUUAUAUCUCGCUUCUGUCUCGGUUUCUUACACAAGUUUUCGGUGUUUUUGGCCUAGGUAUUCUUCUAUUUCCUGCGGUUGUUUUUUGGUUUGGCUGGAUUGUGGGUUCUCAAAUGUACUUUUCUUCUUUUUUUCUUUUCUUUUUUCCGCGCAUCCUGUUUUAUUUGCCCCUUUAACGUCUCCUUAUGGCCUAUUUUCUAGUCACUGGGUUCGUACUCCUCGGGGGCCACUUGGUAGUCCAGUAGCAUUGUUUUGUUCACUGUAUUGCUGUUUUCCCGUGAUGUUCUGUAAAAUGAAGUUUCAAUGUCUGGUGUGCCCC